AGCAGCCGGGGAAGCAGCUCCAAGUCCGGGCCUCGGAGCAGAGGCUCGGUCGGCGCUGCGAGAGACGCGGCGCGCAGGGGCCGGGAGCGCAGUUUCAGUGGGGCGGGUGUUCCCACCCCGGACUCUCCCGUGGAGCGGAGCCCGGCAAAUGGGCGCCUGAGGAGACAGAGCAGGGAAAUGGACUGCUAUUUGCGCCGCCUCAAACAGGAGCUGAUGUCCAUGAAGGAAGUGGGUGAUGGCUUGCAGGAUCAGAUGAACUGCAUGAUGGGGGCGCUGCAGGAACUGAAGCUCCUACAGGUGCAGACAGCACUGGAACGGCUGGAGAUCUCUGGAGGGGGGCCUGCUCCAGGCUGCCCUGAAAGCCCCUGGACACAGCCGGAAACCCCUCGAUGGGAGGGUGGCAGAGGUCCUGCCCGGCCUGUGGCUUGCUCCCCCUCCAGCCAACCUCCUCUUGGCAGCAGCACCAAGUUUCCAUCCCGUAGGAGUGUGUGGGGGAGGGAUCUGGCCCCCCUGCCCGGGACUCAGCUGCCAGAGCACCAAAGCCGUGCCCAGCAGGGGCCAGAGCUGGUAGAACCUGAUGACUGGACCUCCACACUGAUGUCCCGGGGCCGGAAUCGACAGCCCCUGGUGUUAGGUGACAACGUGUUUGCGGACCUGGUGGGCAACUGGCUGGAUCUGCCAGAACUGGAGAAGGGUGGGGAGAAGGGUGAGACUGGGGAGGCAGGCAGGCCCAAAGGAGAGCGGGGCCAGCCCUGGGAGCUGGGCCGCAGGUUUGCCCUAACGGCAAACAUCUUUAGGAAGUUCUUGCGUAGCGUGCGGCCUGACCGGGACAGGCUGCUGAAGGAGAAGCCAGGCUGGGUGACCCCCACGGCUUCCGAGCCCCGAGCUGGCCGCUCGCAGAAGGUCAAGAAGCGGAGCCAUUCCAAGGGCUCUGGACACUCCCCCUUCCCAGGCACUGCGGAGCCCAGACGAGGGGAAAAUCCUUCCGCAAGCUGCCCUAAGGCCCUGGAACCCUCACCCUCUGGCUUUGAUAUUAACACAGCUGUUUGGGUCUGAAUCCUAGAAGCAGAAAGUUAACUGGACCCAAAAGGGCCAGGUCUCAAUGCUGGGCCCCUGGGAAGAAGGGCGGGUGGGCGGUAUGGCUUUCAAAAGCCUAACUCCAAGUUCCUUUCCCAGAAAGGAGGGAGAAGAAGCAAGAGUGUCCGCAGAAGGGCUCACGGGCUGUUGUCGGGAGAGGCCAUGGCAGGGGCUGGCUGGUGGGGGAGGUGAACGUUCCUGGACUGACUCUGUGUGUGUGUGUGUGUGUGUGUGUGUGUGUGUGUGUGUGUGUUGCUCACUGUGGGGCUGGAGGUGACAGCAGGGAGGGGACACUGGGAAGAGAGCGGGAAACCUUCUGACAUUCCUUCCCUGUCCCCAAAGACCUCAGUGGAACAGUCUGUAUGGGUUAGGGCACUAGGGCCUCAGAUUCCCCAGAGGCCCCUAGUAAGGACACCAUCUGUAGUGUCCUCAACCUUUUAACUGUUUGCUUCCCUGUCAAGGUGCCGCUCUAGACACAGGUUUUAAACCCCAGCCUCCAGGGAGUGGGAGCCACAGAGAGGCAAAUUCCCACCCCACCCCUUCCUGCUGCCUCUGCGACUUCAGCCCAUACCUGGGUCCUGAGAAAUGGGCUGAAUGAGGAGCAUAUGUAUAAGGAGUACUUGGGGAAGCCCCAGAUGCUCCUCACAUCUUUUCAAAAGCACAGGAGAGGAAAGAUGCUCUUUGUAUAGCACUUUACAUGUUUGGAAGCCUUUUCAUAUCCAUUAUCUCAUUAGUAAGUGGCCAAGUAAGGCAGGUAUUAUCCCCAUUUUCCAGAAGAGGAAGUAAGCCUAGAUAUGCUGCUACCUGCCCAUGAUCAGGCCCCAGGCAGGAGGCAGACCAGUGCAGGGCUGACAAAGGAGAGGCCCAGUGUGUGGGCCCUGGAGCCACACACACUCCUUCCCCAACACCCUGUUUCCAGCCCAGAACUCCACCCAGAACACAGGAACAUGUCAAUACACCAGUGAGGCCAAGGCGAGCCCAGAAGAAAUACGCACUCACUUUAAAGAAGUUCCUAGCUCCAUCCCGCGGCCUCCCCCACGAGGCGCAGCCCUAGGCCUCAGCUUCCUACCUCAGCCAGGACCAACCAGGGCGGAGAGGGAAGGGCCGGGAGCAGCAGCUCAGCCCCCGCGGCACCUAAAGCUUCCUAAAGCCAGGCUGGGCACGUGGCCCGGAGCGAGACGCCGCGCAGAUCCCGGCGCCUCGGCCGCCCCCUGGAAGCUGCCGUCCCGCCCACUCCGGCAGGGAACGCCCACUGGCCGGGAAAAGACAAUGUGGGUCCCUGUUUGGGCCGAGCUGGCCCGCGAGGGCACUCCCUCUCUCCUCCCCUUGCCGCCUCCUGGCUGAUCUCCCCUCUGCCUGAUGGGGGGUGACAGCUGCAAUUAGAGGCAAGAUGCCUUCCUGCCCUCCAAGCAUUAAUAGCAAAUUGGAGAAGGAAAAUAACAAGAAGGCUCUUCCUGCAUCCUGGACCCCCAGGGGGCAAAGAUAGAGCGAGGAGGCUUAGAGUGAGCAGCUCCACAGCUGGAGUUGGGGGUGCUUAGGGUCACUCUCAAAUUCCCACGCAGUCAAAUCAUAGAUGUUUAGUUUUGAGUUGCAGAAGCUGUAAGAGGAAAGGUGCUAAUUUUUUUUUUUUUUUGAGCGUUCACUCUUUGCCAGGCAGUGUGCACAUGUCUUACAGACUCCCAAAUGACCCUAUAAGGUAUUUUCCUCUCAGUAAACCAGUGGAGGCUUGUAGGGGUCAUGCAAGCUGCCCAGAUCAGGCUGCAAGCAAAGAACUAGGAUUUGAAACAGGGUUGUCUGGCUCCCAAACCCCUGUCCUUUCCUCUCCUGCUCUCCCUGGAGUUGGUCAACUGAGCUAGCCCUUUCUAGAGGAGUCUCCCCUGCCCAUCCUCCAUGUCUUCCCACAGAACUCUGAUAUGUCAGUCCUGGGUGAAGGCCCAUUGGCUGUGGCUGCCUUUGGUGGCGGUGAUGUGUGCGUGUGUAGAAUGUGUGUGUGAAGAUUACACUUACUGCUCCACUGAGUCCUGACAGGAGGGAGCCGUGGGCUGCUGGGGGGUGGAGAAGCCAUCCAGCAGUUAUUCAGGACGGCUCCAGCUCCGAGUAGGGAAUGAUUCUACAGGAAACCAAGUCACCUCGUGGCCAUUCAUCUGCGACUCAUCUGUUUUGUGGACCGGUCAUAGCAAUUCAGGCCAACUGAACAAAACGUUAUGAACACCCGCCAAUGCCAGGCAUGGGGAUAGGAACUAAGCACAGAGCAAUGAGAAGGACGGGGUUUCUGACUCAGGGUCCAGUGGGAAGGAAGAAGCAACUCUUAACCCAUCGGUUAGCCAAAAGGGAUUCAAGGGAAUGAAAACUUAUUUUAACUUGGGCCAGAACAAAACAAUUAGGAAGUGACAUUUGCUGCCAACAUAGUUCACAGGUGUCGCCUUUCACCGUCACCUUUGUGUUCUUAUUUCCUCCUCACCACACUCUGGGAGUGGCUGCUGUUACUCUUGUAUUACACAGAGAGGCUCAGAGAAGUUAAGUGACUUGCCCAGGGUCACAGUGGCAGAGCUGGGAUUGAAACCCUUCCAAUUGAUUUCCAGUCUUGUGCUUUUAAACUACCCCACAAAUUGUCCAUUUCUGCCCCAAAGCCAAGUCAAGAGGAACAACAAACCUGUCCUCCCCAUAUCAUCCGGGCCCCUGCGUGGAUAAUACAUGGAAUGCUGACUGUCCGGUGGGGGAAUUUAGCCCCAGUCUUGAAAGAGGUGAUGUAACGCCCCGUCCACUAUGUCAUGCUUUGCUAAUGAAAGAUUAUGGCCGAUUCAUUUUCCACCAUAAUUUUUCCUUUUCCCUCCUGGGCUCCUGCCGCGACAAUAAUGGAGACUGUAUUUUAUUGAAGGUGAGGGAAGAGGUGAAUGGGAAGGCCUGGAGCCUAAGUGAAGCAGGAAAGUGUAGGGGUGGGAAGCCGUGUGUGUGGGGGGAGGUAGUGGAAGUAAGGGCAGAGAAAUUGACAGCUUAAUUCUGCCCCUGGGGCUCAUUUUAUGGUUAAUUAUGACAUGUAAAUAAGCUGGAAGUUCAUUUAAUACCCUCCCUGGCCUGGGGCCCUGCCUCACACCUGGCCCACUUCCCUGGCAGGUACAGGGGUCCCCUGACUGGCCCAGGCAUCUGCUCAGGGCCCCACUUGCUUCUUUGUCGCCCUGUGGCCAGAGUGUGUCUAUAGAUGUCCCUGAGACCGUGAGCAGGAGCUAGAAGAGUCCCUGCUGGGCGUGGCGGGUGGCCUGUAUGGUCUCCCUCUCUUCUCUUUCCAACCCUGAGACCUGGGACCCCUUUUUUCCAAAGGGCGCAGGGCCCCUCUCCCUCAAGUGCUUCCCCUGCACCCCACCCCACAAACCUGCCCUGAGGAAUAGAACCCGGUUCAGCCCUGUCCCCACCACAUCCCACUGUUCCCAAAGCCCUGUGGGGAGAGAGCUCCUCUGUCUUGCCCAAGACACACUAACAUUCCCCACAGUGCCUCCAUAAAGGCAAAAGCACAGCCUGUCUCCAGCUUUCAACCCAUCUCAGGUAACCUCCCACCCAGGGCAUUAGGCACUUCUGCCAGUGCCAUGGCAUGAGCACUGGAUUUGGAGUCAAGACAGGAUUGGAGACCCAGUUCUGUCACUGUGUAAGCUUGAGCAUGUUGCUUGGCCUCUCUGAGCCUCAUCUUUCUCGUCUGUGAAAUAGGGAUAAAGCAGAGCUGCUGUGAGAUUUAAAGGACAUAAUGUACCUAAGAGUGAGGCACACCGCCUAGAACACAGCAGAAGCUCAAUUUAUAUUGGACUGCCUGCCCCUUGCUCCAGGCACUAACCAUGUGACCCCGGGCAAAAAUGCUAAAAAAUAAAAAGUUUUCUCUGAGCCUUGGUCUCCCCUUCUGUUAAAAAAUGUAUACUGGCCCUUAUUACCUCACACAAUUGUAGCCAGGAUCAGAGAAGACAAUAGGUGUGAUCGUGUUCUUGUACAUUGUAAAAAUAUUACUCAGAAGGGCUGUUAUUUGCAAACUGGGAACAAUUUACUUUUCCAUGGAAGGAUGAUAUGCAUAUGUGUGUGUUGGGGGGUGGGGCAUGGAGAGGGCAGCGGCAAGGGCUGAGCU